AAUGUGAAAAAAUGUUAAAAUAACAAAAAAUUAAAAAGAUUUCAAAAUUCACUGAUGUGAAAAAUUCAGAUCAACGACAAAAAAAAAUUAUUUGACAACAAAAUUCAGUGAAAUGAAAAACACAAGAAAAAUAUGAAAAAUUACCAAAAUUAGAAAGUGCGAAUAAAAUUUAUUAAUUUUUCUUAAAGAUUUGUGCUUAAUAAAGUUACAAGUUAAGACACAGAAAGCAGCAAUUGACAUCCAACAAUCAAGACAAGAUUGCCGAGUCGCAAGCACAGCCAAAACAUUCAUAAUUUUCUGUAAUUAUCUCAAGACGCGAGAAAUAAAAGAAAUUUUUGGACAAUAAAAAAGACAAUGAAGCAGAAAUUAGACGUGAGAUAAUAGUAAAUGAAUGUAGAUACUGUAUUGUUGCUGUUUAUUGGACAAUCAAGAAGAUCUGAAUUGAAAGUGAAAAAAAAAAACUUGUGAAAGACGAGACACAAAAGAAUUUUUUUCGCUUGUAAAUUAAUUAACAUUUUUUUUUUCAUGAAUGAAGAUCGACGAAUAAUAAUAAGAAGAUGUGGAGGUAGACACAGAGUGAAGAAAAAUCAACAGAUAUAAGUGAAAACAUCAAGAAAAGAAGUUUCAUAUCGACACACAAAAAUCGCCUUCAAAAAGCGACCAACAAACAAGAAUAAAAAAUAAUUCCGAGAAGAAGCAUCACGCGAGAGAGAGAAAGAACCGACAAAACAGCACAUAAACAAGAGUCGGGCGGUGUAUUUAGAAAAUAAGAAGAAGGCAAGAAGACGAAGACAUUCCAGACAGUAAGGUAUUAUUACUACACAAAAGAAGAAAAAAAAAUUGCGCAACAAAAGAACAACAAAAUCGCACCUCAUUCACAUCGGUUGUCGUUGAUCUGUCAAGAGAGUCUCUCAUACUCUCCGUGUUGUUUGUUGUUGCUGUAUAAGAAGAAGUAACGGUAAACCGACAAGUGAAACAAAUGACGAUCACAUCCGGCAAAUGGAGAUUGCAGCAUCGAUGCAAUGUUAGCUGAUAAAAUUGCAUAAUUGAGAAUAAAAAAAAAUUUAACGGAAAUCCUUCAAAUUAAAAUAAAGAAUAGAAAAAAAAUUUAAAUUUAAAAAACCCGUUAGAAUAAAAAUGAAUAAAUUGUUAAUAAUCCUCAUCCUUACGACGUCGGUGACAUCACAAAGUGCCGCACCAAAAUUUGGUGAUCGAAUUGGAAAGCUGAAAAGGAAUUUUCAGAGCACAUCGACUUCUUCGUCCACAACGCCACUGCCAGUAUCGACAAUCGAUGAUCUCAUAAGUGACGAACUUGAUGAUGAUGAUUUUCAUGAGAAUGACAUAAAUAGGUCGGAUGAAUAUUAUUCGAUGGAUGAGCAUGAAAAUAAUAAGAAAUUUAUGGUCAUUAAGGAACUGCCUAAAAAUAUCACACAAAAUGACAAUCGAACUUUUCAAGUCAAUUCGCCAUCGUCGUCACUCGUUCAAGCGCGACUUGAAAUGUUGACAGACUUUUUUGACAUCCCCCCAUCACCAUUGUCGUCUGUAUAUUCGACACUGCCUGCUAAGACACCAAACUUUACUAAGACUGGAGUUAUUUUAGCUGCUAGAACGCCUAUACAUCCAACAAACACUACGAAACAUCGAGGGGAUCACAAGACACUUGAAAUUCAGUAUGGGCUUAGAAGAGAGCCGUGGGUCAUACCUAUGCUGAUUCUUGCAAUCAUAUCAAUGGUUAUGAUGGCUGCUUUUGAGAUCUUUGUCCUCUGCAAGACCCGCAAAACCUCUCCAAAUCGGCGACAUCUCUUCCUUGGUCAAAUGCUGCUACUCGGACUCUUUACAUGUGUUGGACUUGCUGCACUUUUAACAACCCGUCCAUCUUCACUUUCAUGUGCAACUAUACGAUUUGGUGCUGGUGUAGGUUUCGCCAUCAUCUUUGCAUCACUUCUUGUUAAAUGCAUUUUCUUAAUAAGUCUGAACAGUGGAGUGUACCUGCCAGCUCCAUAUCAAGCCUUACUUUUACUAUUUGCUGUCCUCAUUCAAAUCACAAUUGAUGUCCAAUGGCUGAUCACAUCACCACCAGCUGUCCAUUUCCUAUCAGUAAAUGAAGCUCCACAUACAAAUCGAUUAAUCUUCACAGCUGAUUCAAUGCGAUUCUCAAUUCAAGUCUGCAAAACAUCAUUUUCAGAACUAAGGAUGUCAAUGAUCUAUAUCGACCUACUGAUCAUCAUUGUGUCAAUUUUGGCAAUAAAGUCACGUGGAAUUCGUGACAAUUACAGAGAAGCAACAUACAUUGGACUAGCUAUAGCCUUAAUAAUUCCAAUAUGGAUUGGAUGGUCGCUGAUCGGUAUGGCGGUGCAUGAAAGACACAAGGAUGCAUGUCUAGCAUUUGCAUUACUCGCAACAUCCACAAUCAUUUUUCUCGUCAUGUUUAUGCCAAAGGGAAGACAGCUGGCUGCCAUGGGACGAGAAGAUAUGUUUGUUGAGGAUCGUGACGAGAGGUUUAGUGCAUCAUCGAGAGCUGGCUCGGGUUAUUCACCAUCAUUCUUUCAUUUUAAGCCUAUUAAGUAUGGAGUUAUGAAUGGAAAGGGAAAUAUUGGUGGAAAUGAGAUCAGUAGUAAGCAUCAGCAAGCUGUAACGACCCUUGGAGGUGAUUAUGCACUUGUUGUACCAAUGUCAUAUUAUACGCCACCAUUGCACCAUUAUUCGCACCAUCAUCACAUGUCACCAUUAUAUUAUUAUACACAUAAGCAGCCACCACCUAAUUAUACAGGUUUAUUCAUGCAAGAUGAUCCGAAUGUGUACACGACAUUAGAACAGACGAUGAGCAGUAACCCGAAUGUCUAUUUUCAACGGCAAGUUCAUCCUGGAAUGAUUUAUUGAUUAAAUAUUUUUGUUCUUAUUGUAAAUAAAAUUGAUAUAAAUGUUGACGAAGUCGAUUGCAUUAAGUUAAAAUUAAAUUUGGAAUAAAAAAUUC